AUGAACAUCUUUCGUUUGGCGGGUGACUUUGCCCAUCUCGCCUCGAUCUUCAUUCUGCUGCACAAGAUCCAGCUCUCGAAAUCAUGUCGCGGCAUUUCGUUCAAGACGCAGCUGCUCUACACGGUCGUCUUUGUCACGCGCUAUCUCGAUCUGUUCAAGGAAAACUCGCUCUAUCGAUUCCUCAUGAAGGUCUUCUUCAUCGGGUCUAGCGUUUAUGUGCUGUAUCUGAUGAAGAUCAAGUUCAGACCGACGCACGAUCCUGCGAUCGACACGAUCAAGUUGGAGUAUCUGAUGGGUCCUAGCUUCGUGCUUGCGUUGCUGUUCCACUAUCACUUCGACUUCAUGGAGAUCCUCUGGACGUUCAGCAUCUAUUUGGAGGCAGUGGCGAUCUUGCCCCAGCUGUUCAUGUUGCAGAGGACCGGAGAGGCAGAGGCGAUCACGACACAUUACAUCUUUGCGCUUGGAGCGUAUAGGGCGUUGUACAUCCCGAAUUGGCUCUACAGGUACAUCGCACACAACGAGAUCGACCCCAUCUCGAUCCUCUCGGGUCUCGUACAGACCGGUCUCUACCUCGACUUCUUCUAUGUGUAUUUUACAAAAGUGAUGAAGGGCGAAAAGUUCGAGCUGCCUGCAUGA